AACGAUGAUUUAAUUUGAUUGUGAUUUAGAAUAAUUAUUUUUACCCUUUAAUUGGCUUAUUAACCAGUUAGAAUAUUCGAUCGAUUAGUAAAUUUCCAUAUAUUGGCUCUUUGGAACUUGCAAUUGGUCGAAUAGAAUUUAUAAUGUGUUGGUAUUUCCGCGUGGAUUCUGAUAUUCGGUAACCAGUUUCGUCUUUAAUUAUUUUCAUGUUUACUUUUUGAAUUUAAUGUUGAUGAGAAAUUAUUUUCUUUUGAUUUAAAAUCGUAAUUUGAUUGUUCUCUUGUUAUUUACUUUUUUUGUUCGUUGUUACUUAUUACCAAAUUUUUUGCUCUCUUUUCCAAUGAGCGGAUUUAUUUUGAAUCGUGGUAAAUCAUUUGCUGCCAAAUACAAGAAGUUUGAAAGUAAAUCAGAGGAAAAAGAUGAAGUCCAACAACCGCAGCAACUUAAAGGCUGUUCUUCUGGUAGAAUUGGUGUUAUUGAUUGUGAACCUGUUCGAAAAGUUUAUAAUAAAUCGAAGGAUGAUGAAGACGAUGACGAUAUUGUAAUUGAUGUUGGUUUAAGCAGAACAGGAUCAAUGAGCGGAAUCCAUGAACUAAAAACAAAAUCGAAACGAGGAAAGCGUAAUGGUAAAAAAGAAAAGCGUUCAGUCAAAUCGAAAAAACGUGAAACCAUUGAUGUAAAACCUUUUCUCAUGGUUCCCAAAUGUGAAGCCUAUGAAAGUGAUGUAAUGGAUGACGAUAUUAUAUCAGAUUCUGAUGGUUCUGUUUAUACUGAAGGUCACAGUGAAGAAUCAAUUGAACCCGAUUUGGAUAUUACUCUUGUCGACACCAACCAACCAUUGAAAGAAAGGAAAACAGAUACAAUUGAGUUGAAACUAAAAUUCAAUGGAAAAUUCAACAGAUUUACAGUUGAUUAUAAUGAAAGAAUAUUGAGACAUUUAAAUUCUUUUUAUAAAAGUCUUGGUGUUUCCAAAAGAACUCAUGAAUUGGUGAUAACUUAUAACGAUAAAGUUUUAACGUUCAAUGAAUCAGCUAAAUCUCUAGACUUGACCAUUGUCGAUGUAUUAGAAGCUUAUGCCAAGGAAAGAUCUGAACCUCUUGAGAAAACAACGAAAACCAAAGUCCAUCGAGAUCCAAAUUCUAUUGAGAUAAAAGUUCGAAACAAUCAAGAUGGUCGCCAUGAUCAACCUCUAAUCAUUUACCUGGAUAAAAAUGGAACCAUGGAAAAACUAAUGAAACAAUAUGCAGAAAUAAAGAAAUACAAUCUAUCAGAAUUAAUAUUUGACUUUGAUGGUGAAAAAUUGACCGGUGAAGAAACUCCAACUGAUUUAGACAUGGAAAAUGGUUCAUUAAUUGAUGUUCGAAUCAAAAACAAGUGAUCAAACAUUUUAGAAUCCAUGAUGAUUACUCAAACUGAUUAACAUCCAUCAACAAUAAUCGACCAAUAUUGUGAUAUAAAAUUUACACCAACAACUCUUGAAACCAAUUGAUCAACUCAAAUCAAACGUUUCAAGACAAAAGUUUAUAUUGUUAUGAGUUAUACAUAAUAUUCAAUCUGAUUAACUCUUAUUGGAAAAAAAUUUUUCUUUAUAUUUUAUAUAAUCAUAUACACACACACACACUUGAAAAAACAAAUUGUAAUCCCAAUUGAUGAAAUCCUUUCACUCUCAUCAUCACAUUUAUAUAUACAUACAUAAUAUCAAUAGUAUCUAUAUAUUUACCUGUAUAAACUCACAAAGGAAUCAAAUUAUUGUAUCAUUUUCCUUUACAAUUUAUAUAUAUACAUAUUUUACACAAUUAGCAACAGCAUCAACAAUCGCGAACAACAAUUAAACCCCCAAGAACGAAACUAAUGAAGAAACAAACAAACUGAUUAAAUGUCAAAGAAAACAAGUAAACAAGAUGAUGUUGAAGAUAAACGAUUAACUGGAAAACGUUUCAAAGUCAAAGUUUAAGUGAAAGAAAAAGGAUAACAACUGAUGACCAUUGAUCACUUUAUCACACUGACCAUUGGAAAAAGAAAGAAAAGAAAGAGGAUCAACACAAUAAAGAAAGAGGAAAAAAAGCCAACGAGUCAAAAGAAACAGUUCUAAAGCGAAGAUGAAAAGUUCGAAGGCCAAAAGUGAUUAUCAUUAUCUAAUCAGUGAAACUGAUAAUGUUGAGGAUAAAGAUUAAAGAUGAAGGAUAAAAGAUGGCGAAUAACAAUAACAUGAUAAGGAAGAGUGAAAGAAACAAAUUCAACUUGGUUAACAAUAAAGUCCAAUCGUCGAUAAUCAAUAGUAUUAAUAACCAACAACUCUAAUAACUAUUAACUUCAAGUUCUAAUAUCAAUUUACCUUGUUAUCUUUUUCUAUUUUCUUUUUCUCUUCUUCUUCUUCAUCAUCAUCUUCUUCUUCUAGUUUAGCUUUCUUUUUCUUUCUUCUUCGUUAUUAUCACCAUCAUCAUCUUCUUCUAACUUUCAAUCAGAUAAAAGGAUUUCUAACUUUAUCUCAUCUCCCCUGUGGGCUUAUCAUCUCUAUCUAUGGUUAAGAUGUUAUCAUGUAAGAAGAUGAGAAGAAGAAGAAAAAAAUCUAUUAUUUCGAGCAAUUUGUUAACCUUGUCCUUAACCGAGAAGAAAUUGACUUUUGUUAAUUGUCUCUCUUUUUCUGUAUAUUGAUAGAUAAAAAAGACUAACCAAUGGUUAGAAUUCAUCUGUCUAUGGUGUGUGUCAAUUUCCAUAGAGUUUACCACAUAUUUAGAUCUAAAUCAGUGAAGAAGAUGAAGAAAAGUUCGUUAAAACUUUGAGAAGAUAUUUAUUAUUACCUUUUAUUAUUUAUUCCAAAGGUAGAGAUUGAUUAUUUUCUCUUCUUCUUCUAAAUGAUAGACGAUUAGAAGAUGAUGAGAAUUGAGAGAGAGAGAGAGAGAAUAACGAAAAAUGAUCUACCCAAUGGGGACAAUAGAAAAAAGGUCUUUUUCGACAAGAGAAACAAGAAAAUUCGGAUCGUCUUAAAAGAUAUGAGAAUGAUGAUGAUGAUGAUUAGAAAGAAAUGAUGAUGAUGGAAAAGAAAAGGUAACAAAUAAUCAGAGAAAAAGAUCUUUUUGUUUGAAGAAAAAAAAAAUAUUCUUCUUCCUUUUUUCUCUCUCUUGUCUCAUGUUUCACCUUAACGUUAACCUUACGAAUCCAUAGGAUCUUUUGUAUUGUGAAUUCGUGAAUGAUGAAUGUUUUUUUUGUCUUCGUUGAAGGAGGAGGAUGAAGAAGAUGAAGAAUAAGAAACAAAAAAAAUAAGAGAAUAUCAACUCUCAUCUUCUCUUUUUUUCUUCUUGUUUUUCUUCCUCUUUGCUCAAUCUCUUUUUCUCUCUCUCUCGGUGUCUCUUCAUUUCUACAGUAGUUUACGUCGGCAGAUUGUUAGAAUUGGUCCUCCUUCAUCUUCAUCUUUCAUUCUAACCAUUAACUAUAUUGGAUAAACUAAUGACCGUUUACCUGAAAUAACAAUUUAACUUCAAAGGUAAACAAUUAAAGGGUAACAAUCAAUUUAUUUACGGAGGAAAAAAAUAGAA